GUUAUUAACUGUUUAACUAUUGAUUAUCAAACAAUCAAACAAAAAUGUCAAACAUAUUCAAUGUCUUAAUCACUAAACAAUUAUUAGCAAUAAGACGGCUAAAGAUGACGACCACAACAACAGCAACAGCUAUAGUAUCAUCGGUACCGAUGAUAGUAAUGGCCAUACAGUACAAUACAUGGCGGACACCACCAACACAUAGACACUCAACGUAUAGACACCACUGGUUAUUAUCAUCAUCUGGCACUGGUAUGCCAUCAUCAUCAUCAUCAGCACCGCCACUACCACAACCACCACCAACACAACAACAACAACAGUAUCGAUGGCCGUUGACAGCAAUCAGAUCGGCAUUGGCGCAGAUGAUGGACAUACCGCCAAAUUUUGCUAAUAACCGACUACCGGACGGCAUCGAUAUCGAUGCUAUCAAAAGACAUUGUAUCCGAUCUAUAGGUAUUGUCGUUAUCAACCAACUGGACGAUUGCUAUGCGAAUGUAUUGGAAGGAUCCAGUGUUAUAGUGGCCAACAAUCCAGAGGACGGUUGUCUAUUGAUAACUAACAAUCAUGUUGUUAGCCAUUCACCGAUUAUCGAUUUCAUAUACAAAUUGGAUUAUGACUCGGAUAUCUUGUACGAGGAAAUGGGUACAGUUGUAUAUGUUGAACAGUGUUGGGAUCUGGCACUCGUACGACUGAAUCGUAUGUUACCAAUAUUCGAGCCGAUGCCGAUGCCCGACGAAUCAGCUGAUGGUGGUAGUGGUGGCCUAGACUAUGGCCAACCGGGUGCCAUGUAUGGUCACGGACAGUUAGCCUACAAUAUACAUCCGGGUAUGGUUGAACAGCCGUCGGCUUUGGUUAGCAGUCAUUUCGACCACUACUAUGUGGGCGGUACCAGAUUCAGCGAACACCUACCUAUUGUUGCCCAUUCGGCUGUCAAUAUCUACGGGUUUUCCGGUUGUCCACUAAUCGAUACCAAUGGCCAACUAAGCGGUUUAGUUUGGGGCGGUUUUAUUCAUAAAAACUUUAUCACAUUUGCCAUCGAUUAUCUAGCAAUUAACGACUUUAUAAUGCGUGGCCUGGAGUAUGAAGUGUCUAAUAUACGGUUUGAUCGGCUAUGGGAUGAGUUUUCAAUGCAUGGAUCCAGGAAUAAACAGUUUGCCCUAAUUUUGGCCAAACAUUACAAUGAAUUUGAUAGCAAUAGCGGUUGGUUUACUAUUGAGGAAUUGCUUCCCGAAUCCCAACCAUUAGAUAUUGUCAACCAAUUCGUAAUGUUAGUCAAUGACCAGCCGUUUACAGACAUUGAAACCAUACGUAUGACUCUAGAGGUUGACGACGACGACGACGAUAGCUAUCCGACUAUUCAAUUGACACUUAGGCCACCAAUGUAUGCGUAUAGCAAUCAAUUUGAUUGGAAAGUUAACAUUACAUCCAUGAGCCCGGAAGAGGAGGCAUUUGUUUUCUAG